AUGUCAGCCAAUCUACAGACGAAACUAGAUAACUCAUUAAAUGAUAUACUAAAGACUUCGGGGUUUAUAUUUGAAAUAAUUAAUAACAACAAGAAACAAAGUAGUUUAAUCACAGGGCCAAACAAUCAAUUAAUUCAACCAACUAUAAUUCAACAAUUAACAAAUCAUAUAAAUAAGUUUGAUGAAAUACUAGAUGAAACGAUUUUCAAAUUUGGAGAUGCAAAAUGGUGUAUUGAUACAAUGAUUGAAAAUAAACAAAAACAAGAAGAAUUAAAGAUCAAAGAAGAAUUAGAGAAACAAAAACGAGAAGCUGAAGCUAAAAGAUUGAAGGAAGAAAUGGAGGCCAAAAAGAAAGCAGAAGAAGCAGCUGCUGCAAGGGCCAAAAUAGAGGCAGAAGCAAAAGCAAAAGCUGAAGCAGAAGCUAAGAAACAAGCAGAAAAAGAAGCAGCGGAAAUGAAACGAUUACAAGAAGCAGAAGAUCAAAAAAGAAAAGAAGAAGAAGAACAGCAGAAGAAACAAGAAGAGGAGGAAAGAGAAAGACAACAACGAGAGCAACAACGAGAGCAACAGCAACAACAGCAACAACAACAACAAUCAAGUCAAUUUGGAAAUUUUGAUGAUUUAUUAGGAUUUGAUGUAAGUAUAAUGCCCCAAUCAACAGAUCAAAAAAUAAAUGAUGAAAAUGACUUCCUUUCUUCUAUUAAUUAUAAUGAUAUAAAUUUGGAUAUACCAAUGGAUGAUGAUAAUAAAGAUAAUGAUGUAUUUAUGAAUAUCGAUGAUUCAAAUAAUAAUACCGGGGUCAUUAACGAUCAACAAAGUAAUACAAAUCAAUCACAACUAAAUAACCCACAAUCUUCUAAUAAUAAUAAUAAUGGACCAGAUAAUAAAAAUGAUGAUGAUAUGGAUUUAGAUAUGAAUAAUUUAUUAGGUAAUGAUGAACUGAUAUUAGAUGGUUUAAAUAUGAGUUUACUAGAUACAGGAUUUGAAGGUGAGGAUAAUAACAUUAAUAAUGCAACAAUGGGUGAAGAAUUUGAUGUUGAUAAUUUUUUAAAUCAAUUUAGUAGUUGA